AUGGCCUCCAACGAAUACUAUCACUCGAAUAUCCCACAACCCCCUACCUACACUGCCUAUGAUCAGGCUGUGCCGGGGAAGCCAGAUUAUACCGCAAGCACACUCCCUGGAAUUGGCUAUGCAAGUCACAGUAACCACCACGACGAUCCCGCGACCCCUUAUCACCACCGAGAAAGUCAACAAUCAUUUGUAUCGGACAAUGGACAAUACCAAACUGCUGGACGGACAACAGAAGGCGACAAUUAUUCAGAGAACAUCCCUUUGAAGACCAACGCCCAGUAUGGAAACAACCCAGAUUGGAUGCGCCAACAGACACAGUACCCCCCUUCACCAGGGGGACUCGAAGACAGCCGACCACGCGAUAACCGAAAAAAGAGGGGUUUCUUCAGCAAGAAGAUCGCUUGGGUGACGUACAUCUUGACAUUGGCUCAGAUCAUCGUGUUCAUCGUAGAGCUGGUCAAGAAUGGUAAGUUAGCUUCAACCUCGGUAUUGCCCUGGCCUUCCAAAUCAGCUAACACCGUCUUCUCCAUUUUAGCCCAGUUGACAGGUUCAGUCAUCCAGACAAAGCCUAAUUUCAAUCCGAUGAUCGGGCCUUCACCAUACGUCCAAAUCUACAUGGGAGCACGCUACAACCCGUGCAUGAAGAAUGUUGGGGGCAUUCAGAACGCCACACAGCCCAUCGACUGGCCCUGUCCGAAUACCACAACGCUGGACACGGGGACGACGUGCUCACUGUCUGAUGUGUGUGGAUUUGGUGGUGUCCCUAACCCUCGCCCGGGAGGAUCGACGAAGGAUCGACCGGCCCCUAACCAGUGGUACCGGUUCAUUCUCCCCAUCUUCCUGCACGGAGGCUUUAUCCACAUCGGAUUCAAUUUGCUAGUCCAGAUGACAAUGGGCGCGGAUAUGGAGCGCAUGAUUGGAAUGUGGCGCUAUACUCUGACCUACUUCGCCAGUGGUAUCUUCGGCUUCGUCUUGGGUGGAAACUAUGCCUCGCAGCGUGAUCCUAGUGACGGCUGCUCAGGUGCCCUGUUCGGCAUCCUUGCACUUUACCUUCUGGACCUUCUGUAUGACUGGCCUAACCGUGCGUCCCCAUGGGUUGAGCUCAUUAUCAUGAUCUUGGGAGUGGGUGUCUCGUUCGUUCUUGGUCUUCUCCCCGGAUUGGACAACUUCUCUCAUAUUGGAGGCUUCAUUAUGGGUCUCGCCAUUGGUUUGACCAUUAUGCGGUCGCCCAACAUUCUCCGAGAGCGAAUUGGCUUGGCCCGGCAGCCAUACGUUGCCAUGAGCGGUGGAACCGGCCGAGAGGGCCCCGAACAGAAGACCACCUCCUUCAUGGAUUUCUUCAAGGGCAAGCGAGGCCUGACCUCCAGCUCGACGGAAACACCCGAAUCUAUGCAUGGUCCGCUCAACUUCUUCAAGGGCCGCAAACCUCUAUGGUGGUUGUGGUGGUUUGUCCGUGCAGGUGCCUUGGUUGCGGUCCUCGUGGGUUUCAUUAUGUUGAUUGUCGAUUUCUAUAAAUACCCUGAUUCGAACUGCUCUUGGUGCUAUCGAUUGAGUUGCCUGCCCGUCAAUGGCUGGUGUGAGCAAGGCAAAUCGUCCUUCACCCAGUUGACUAGCAAGACAGGAUGA